AUGGGAACUCCCUUUAUUACCUUCGUUGCGCCCAGCAACCUUGAGGGCUACAAGCGUGGUGCUCCUCUACAAGAACAACCGCCAAGUAUCUCGCAGAACUUCCUGGAUGCGAUGGAGGUUCGCGAAGCGGUCUUUGUAGAGGAACAAAAGGUCCCUGUCGAGAACGAAUUUGAUAACGAUGAUCCACGUUCAUGUCACUGGGUCGUAUACGCGAGUAUCAACAAGGUGGAAACACUAGAGAUUCGCGAUGAAGACGGCAACGUCAUGCACCCGAGAAAGAGCUCGACACGUUCAACCCCGAUUGGAACAAUAAGACUUGUGCCAUUCCCCCACGACCCUCAUCCCGAGAAUGGCGGGAAGUACUGGAACGGUGUCUUGCAAGACGAGAACGGGGAUAAGAACGGCCACAAAAAUGGAGAUGCGUCGGAAACCUCUACAGAGAAGCCAUACAUUAUGGACCGAAAGACAACUUUUCACAACGGGCAGGAGCCGUACGUGAAACUAGGUCGUCUGGCAGUCAUUGAGGAGUUUCGAGGACGCCGCAUCGCUGGCCUACUCGUGACCACAGUUCUCAGCUGGCUGAGAGACAACCCCUCGUAUUUCGAUCCCAGUGUUACAGAGUCUGGUCUUAGUCAACUCGAUCCGGUGAUUGGAACUGAAUUAAAGAUACCCCAAUGGGCAGGGCUCGUAUGUGUUCACGCGCAGAAGCAGGUCGUGGAUUUCUGGAAGAAAUGGGGCUUCGAGGUGGAUGAGGAUAUGGGCACUUGGUGGGAAGAGGGCAUGCCCCAUGUUGGUAUGUUUCAACGACUGGAAACCGGACAGAAGACGGUUCGACUAGAUUAG